AUGUUGGAGCCUCCAGAGCCCAGUCAGGAGAUUGUGGAGUGGCUGGCCACCCUCCGCCUGUCCCAGUAUACCUCAUGUUUCCAGCAGGGAGGAUACCAAACAUUGGAAGACUGCAAGGACAUCACAGAAGAGCGCCUUGUGGAGCUUAAAGUGGUUCCAACAGGCCAUCGGAGGCGCAUCCUCCGCAGUUUGGAAGCACGAGGGGUGAAGAAGCCGGUGCCACAUCCGAGGCAUAUCUUUCUAAAAGAUAAAACGAGGGGGACUUCAUGUCAGCACCAUCAGCCAAAGGAGAGGAUGGAAUAUGAGUUGGAGGGGAGUCAGACUUUGCCUCCAGGAGCAGGACUGGGAACAGAAAUGGAGGACGGAUACCUCGGCCCGCCUAAACCGGCCCCACGUAAUCCCCAGAACAUCCGAACAUCCAUGUCUGUACAUACCAGCAUCCCUCCUUCUGUGUCCUCCAGCAGCAGCAGCAGCAGUGAAUCCAUCUGCAUUUCAGAAAUGCCUUCAGACUGGGAAAUUUGCUCAGAGGACCCCUCCCUGUCAAGCAGCGACUCUGUCCGCUGUUCUGCUGAAAUACCCAACCUAACAGUGACUGAGGGCCAUGGGAGUUUUCAUGGUGAAAUGGUGGAGAACUCCAUCUAUGAGUCACAGCCUUGUUUUAAGGUUCCUGGCGGUCCGCGGCUCACUCGCUCCUACAGGCUGAGGCACCGGCCCGUUCCUGAAAUCCCGUAUCAGACAAUACCACCAUUUCAGGACAGGAGCACACCACCAGCACAAACAACCAGCCCUGAACACCUAACUGGCUCCGAAGGUCCCACUGGUGCAAACGGCGUACGGAAAGCUACACUUCAAAGAACCCUGACGCCUAUUGCUCCCUACGGAGAAAUGUUCCUGUACAACAACCCUGAAAGCCCUCCGGACCAAGGUGUUAAAGAGGGUUUACAGAAGGGGUUUAAGGACAUGAUAAAGCAGAAGAAACAGAGGAAAAAGUCACCUAAACAAAAAGCGUCAAAGGACAAAGGUUCUCCACCAGCUCCAGCUAUCGCAGACCGCUACAAAGAUGAGUAUUCAACAGUGGAUGAGUGUGUCAGCAUUUUGCCGCGAGCCAUUUCGGACCAAAGUUUCACCCUGACCCCUGAAACUCUUGCCGUUGGUCCAGUUGCCUCUGGCCCUAAGGAUGGAUCCUUGAUCAUGGUGGAUUGUGACCUCUACUCAGAGCCUGCAGAAGCCCUGGGGGGUGUGAGCAGAAAUGCAUUGCCUGAUAUUUCUCCAUAUGCAUGCUUCUAUGGAGCGCCCAAACACCAGGUGCUCAAAGUGGGCUGGCUGGACAAACUGUCACCUCAAGGAAAAUGUGUUUUUCAAAGGAGGUGGGUGCGAUUCGAUGGUGAGAGUCUGGCCUACUACAACAAUGACAAGGAGAUGUACUCCAAAGGUAUGAUCCUGGCCAGUGCUAUCAGACAGGUACGAGGACUGGGUGAUAACAAGUUUGAGGUAGUCACCUCACUUCGGACCUUCAUAUUCCGGGCUGAAAGAGAAGGGGAGCGCCAGGAGUGGAUGGAAACUCUUCAGACGGCCACGCGCCCCCCUGCCUGCGGCUCCCAGAAGCCCUCCGACAGCCUCUCCCACCCCUCCUCCACAAACAAACGAGGUUUGCUGGAGCUCCGUGGUUACAAAGGCAGAGUGCUGGUGUCCCUGGCGGGGAGUAAAGUCAGGCUCUGCAAAACAGAACAGGACUAUAAAGCGGGGCUGGCUAUUGCUGAAGUGGAACUGACUGCUGCCAAUAUUAGAGACAUGGACCGCAGGGGCUUUGAAGUCAACACACCCUUCAAGAAUUUCUGCUUCACGGCCGAGUCAGAACGGGAGAAGGAGGAGUGGAUUGAAGCGGUCCAAGAAUCGAUCGCUGAGACACUCUCCGACUAUGAAGUGGCAGAGAAGAUCUGGUUCGACGAGGCCAACAGGAGCUGCGCCGACUGUCGCGCCCCGCAGCCGGAGUGGGCGUCUGUCAAUCUGGGUGUGGUCAUCUGUAAGAAAUGUGCAGGACAACACCGCUCCCUCGGCCCGAGUAUUUCCAAAGUGCGGAGCUUGAAGUUGGACAGCAGUAUCUGGAGCAAUGAGCUAGUGGAGCUCUUCCUGGAGGUGGGGAACAAGAAUGCUAACAGUUUCUGGGCUGCUAAUCUUCCCUUGGAGGAGGACCUGCACAGCGGGGCCUCGGCGGAGCAGCGCGCCACGUUCAUCCGCAGGAAGUACAGGGAGAGGAAGUACCGGAGGGUCGUGGAGGGCUUUCAUGACCUGGAGCAGCUCAACCAGGGGCUGUGUGCAGCUGUGGUGUUGCCCGACGUGCUGCAGACCAUGGCGCUGGUCUUCAGUGGGGCAGAUGUUAUGUGUGCCACUGGAGAUCCAACCUACUCCACCCCCUAUCUCUUGGCUCAACGUGCUGGACAGAAGCUACAGAUGGAGUUUCUGCACCAGAACAAACUAUCUGAUUUCCCCAGACUCGAGCAGUGGUCGGAGAAUCCCUCGCUGUCUGACACUUCCCUCUUCAUGGAUGGCUUCCUCUACAUCUCCUCUGGCCCUGCCAAGUCGACGUUGGAGCGCCGCAGAAGAGAUGACAUGACACGUCGUUGGUGCACGCUGGAGGGUGGCUUCCUGAGUUACUAUGAGAACGAGAGAAGCCCGUCGGCCAUCGGCAGGGUGGAUGUCACCGCGGUGGUUAGCCUGGCCAUCAGCAACACGGAGACAAUGACUGGAGCUGGGGCUGUGUUUACCGUGGAGCUGUACCUGCGGACCGAGCGAGCGCUGGUUGUCGGAGCUGAAACACAGGAAACGCAGCAUGACUGGAUCCAGGCACUGACAAAGUGCUUCGUCCCGUCCAAAGUCGAGGGACUGGUGCAGAAAGACAGUGAGCUGAUUGGCAGACUGCACUACAAAGAGGGGCAUGACCUGUACCACUGGAGGUUGGGCUGGUUUAUGCUGGAAGGCUCUGCUCUGCACUUCGGCUCAGGAGAAGAGGAGGGCGAGCAGGAAGUCCUUCAACUCAAACAACUACAGGAGCUCACUGUCUCCACACAUACCGAGGGCGAGGACAAGAUCCAAGUCUUGCUGAUGGUGGAGGGCAGAAGAACAGUUUACAUCCAUGGCUUCAACAAGACGGACUUUGCACUGUGGCACUCUGCCAUCACAAUGGCCGCUGACACAGAUGGCAAGGCCCUCAGUGACCAACAGCUGACUAAGAAUGGAGUCCCUAUUAUAGUCGACAGUUGCAUUGCUUUUGUCACUCAGUAUGGUUUAUGCAAAGAGGGGGUCUACCAGAGGCCCGGGGACCCUGGUAGAGUCGCCUUGCUCCUGCAGGAUUUCACCCGCAGUGCCCGUAAUGUGAAGCUGAGAGAGAAGGAGCACCAGCUGGAGGACGUGACAGACACCCUCAAGAGCUUCUUAACCCAAGCCGAGGACGCGCUGCUGACCAAGGAGCUCUAUCCAUACUGGGUGUCUGCCCUAGAUGAGAAGGAUGAGAGGCAGAGAGUGAAGAAAUACUCCACUUUCAUAGAGAGUCUGCCAAAGAUAAACAGGUCAACCCUCGAUGCUCUGCUGCAACAUCUGUACAGGAUCCAGCAGUGUUCUCACAUCAACCACAUGCCGAGCGAAAAACUGGCCUCCGUCUUCUCCUCCUGCUUGUUCCAGACUCGGGGACAAACCCCACAGGAAAUUAGCGUGGUGCAUGACCUCAUCAACAACUACAUUACACUCUUCAGUGUCAAUGAAGACCAGGUGCAACAGAUGGAGAGAGAGAAUAGUUUCAUCACACGCUGGAACGACAAGAAGGACACCACAUUCUCUCCAGCUGGGGACUUGAUCUUCGAGGUGUACCUGGAAAAGAGAGAGCCAGAGAACUGCUGUUUAAUCAAGGUCUCUCCCAGCAUGUGCUCAACGGAGCUCGCUGAAACGGCGUUGAGCACGAAGAACGUCGCCUUCAGCGGUGAUGACCUCUGGACCACCUUUGAAGUCAUUGAGAAUGGAGAGCUAGAGCGCCCGUUGCACCACAGUGAGAAGAUUCUUGAGCAGGUGUUGGAGUGGAGUACCUUGGACUGCCCAAGCUCAGCUUUUCUUGUUAUAAAGAAGUUUGCAGGGGCCAAAGGAGUGGCUGGUGGGAAAGCAGACCAAAGGCAGUUUAUUAAAGGCGACCAUCUGAAGUUCAAUGAUGGAUCCUCCAAACUGCUGUCGGGGCACAAAUUCCAAGACAAAUAUGUUGUACUACGUGCAGAGAAGCUGCUGCUCUACAGAGAUAUCAAAAGCACUAAAGCAGAGAAAGUGAUCCAGCUCAAGUCUCUGAAAUGUUACCUAGGCCUGAAGAAAAAGCUCAAACCUCCAACCAGCUGGGGCUUCACAGUCUACACUGAUAAACAACAAUGGCAUUUGUGUUGCGAGAAGAGGGAGGAGCAGUUCAGCUGGGUGACGGACAUAAUCAGGAUGAAGUACGGUUCUGACCUCUGUUCGAAGACCGUUAACUCAAAAAAAGCUGCAGAUAACAAGUUGUCCAGAGGAGCAGCUGUGACUGAAAGCAUCAAUUGCAGCAAACAGGUUUGCCCACAACUGAUCCACAGGAGGAUUUCUCUUGGCGGUGGCAACCGGGAGACCACCAUGGAUGCUGGUCUGCACAACAACCUGCUCAAAGCCCCGGAGGUCCCACACAGAAGAUCUUCUGUGGAUAUUGGCCAGCCUCCACAGUUCCCUUACCCGUCCCCGUCCCUGUCCACACACUCGCAGCCGAUGCCUUUGCCUCUUCCCCCUAAGAGUGGCUGUAAAAUCACCAGCAAGAGACCCACUCUGGGCGGGGAGGGUGUGAUACCGUCCAAUCUGCUGAAUGAACUGAGCUUGGUGCUGAGCAAGACCGGUCGCAAUGCAAAGAACAAUGACUGGCAGGAAGAGAAAUAAGCAGGAGGAAGAAAGGUACUGUGAGUUUGAAAUGUUAGAAGACAGAGAAAAGUGUGGAGACUGACAAAGAAAGAGCACACAAUGCACAUGAAGACUAAUAAAGUUGCUUUCAUGUCGGGGGGCGGGGGGGUCAUAGCCUGAAGACUGCUUUUGAACUCGGAUAUAUAAAGUGAUGCCGAUGCACAAGGGGAUGUGGAAAACAGGUGCAGGAGACAUUGGAGGUCACGCAGACCUCAGCUGGACAUGGCGCUGACAUAAGCACUACAAAACAUGAUUUAUAUACCGCUCUUCUGAAGUCUGAGAAUGCUACAGAAAUAUGUUCAGCUGUCAAACCUCAGAAGUUUCCAGAAAUACUCCAAACUGCUUGCUUCAUGCUUUUAUGUUUCCACUUACUUUAAAAAGGCUGUUUUGUCUUUCAUCUGAAAAGUAUUGAUUAUUUUGAUCUUUAGUGAAGCAUUUACCUUUUCUUCGUAGCACUUUUGCUCCAAGAACAGUUUAAUGUAGUUGCACACAUUAAAUAGCAUUCCCUCAUAUUUGUAAUUGUUAGUGGCAGGAUCUGCCAUUACAACAAAGAAUUAAAAUACUUGUAUGUGCAUAUCCAAUACAAAAUAGAAGAGCAAGUUUUAGGCCUCUAGCCGUUAACGGUGGCUAAUAGUCGCAUAUUUAAUUAGACAUGAGAUGAGUAUUUAUUUAUAAUUAUUUGUUAUUUUUUUAUAGCAGUUAACAUUGUAACCUUUAAUUGUAUCCACUGGCAGUGUUUUUUUUUUAGCAAAUGAUCCUGUGGCACACCACUUUUAAAAUUGCACUGGCCGCCACCAAAUGUAAUUUUAAUGUACAGUAUAAAUAUAUUAAUAAACUUUGCAAAAUGCUUUUACAUGCAGUGUUACUGACCAGUUUAAGCUUUAAUGAUACGUUAAUUCCGCUUGCCCAAUAUUUCAGUGGAGGUUGCACCAUCAUGUUCAGUGUUUUCUCUUAAUAACAAAAUAAUUUAAGCAAAAAAUUAGCCAAAUUUAGCUAGCUUGUCUGUUUGCUAGCUUGAUUUGGCAUGCACACCUCACAAUAUAAAAUUAUUGCUGCCUUACCCA